AUUGUAAUCGUACAAAUCGAAGUUUAAUAUCGAAAAUUAUUUUCAGCUGUGUUGUUGUGAGUUGUGUUUUUAUAAUGAACUUUUUUAGCUGUAAUAAUAUUUUUCAGUCACCAAUGUUCUGUGAUAUUUAUAAAUCAGUAAACUCUUAUUGUUUACUACAUCAUGCAAAUCGUAUAUUUAUUUAAUUUGAGAUAAUUUUUAAAGGUGUAGAGAAGAUGUAAGAGUAAACAGUUAUUUUCUUCCUUCCAAAAUGGAUACGAUGUGCAUAGCUUCCAAGUCUAAAAAUGAAGUAUCAAGCUCAGCAUCAGGCUUGAGGAGUGUAAUUUCAGAUGGAACAGCUCAAAAAGAAAAUGCUGAUUUUCGCCAAAAUAACAAUGCUCACUUGAAUCAUGCGUCUUUCAUACCAGUUUAUACCAAAAAGGCAGAUUAUUUCUCGGAUAAAGGAGAUGAAAAUAAAAGGUCACCAUUGCAUGGAGACCAGAAUCAACUUAAAACCACUGCUAAACAAAAUUAUCUGGCUGAGCAAAAUGAAAAGUUAUCUUUGAGGUCUUUACGGACUCAUGCUAGAAGGAGGUCUGUUGGGUUUGAGGAUAUGACAUCCAUGAAUGCCUGCUAUAGAAAUGAGACUGUGAUAAGAAAUGUAAACAAGUCUUCUGUACCUGACACAGCUUGUGGUAAGGUGUUAAACUCAGAUAAUGAUAUUCAUUUUGAUCACAAAAGAACAAAUCAAAAGGAGCUAAACUGCCUCUCCAUGUACAAUGAGAAUGCUAAGGUUAUGAAGAAUGCUAAUGACCAAAUGCAAGAAACUGAUCGACCAUAUCAGCACUAUAAAGAUAAAAGCUCAAAACGCAAAUCUAGUCUUAAUCGGAUGGACUUCAUCGACUUUCCUCUUGCCUAUAAUGGAAAGUCCCAGAACAGAAAAUCAUCAUAUAGAUCAAAAGAUAGCUCAUCUGAUGAAGAAUUUGAUACUAAGCUUAAACAGAAUUUAGAGACUAAUCAUAGUAAAAGAAAACAUAAUAUUGCUCCUGGAUCUGUUAAUGCAUUGUAUAGUUCUCAACAAAAAGCCCCCAAUGAAGUGCUUCAAAAUACCCCUCCUUUUACUAAAGCUAGAUUACUACCCAAAUCCUCACACAGCCCUCAUUCAAAACUUAGACAGCAUAAAAGGGCUCAUUCAGCUACUUUGCAGCAACAAAAACUAUCACAUUCAGCUGGGGAAUUAGAAUCUUUAACAGAUGAAGCAAAUACUACCAACAAAGUAUGCCUUUCUGCUCAAGAAUUUGACUCUCGAGAUUUGACUGGAUUCGGUUCGCGCCUCAGAACUCUGGCUGGAUCGAGAAUUAAAAAAUAUACGUCUAAGCUUCCGCCUGUGAAUAGGUCCAAUUCACCUCUAAAGAACACUGAUGCUAGUCAACAUCAAAGCAGCGUAUUAAAUAGUGAUAAAAACUCUAGUUCAACUGAAAACAAAGCUCAAAAUACAUCUUUGGAGGAGAAGGAAAAUGAGAAUGGUUGUUCCAGUGCUCUGAUGGCAGCUGAACCCAUCCUGAGCUGUAUGAAUUUAAAUGACUCUUUUGAACUUAAACACAUCGAUAGCAGAAGAGAGGAUGACUUAGAAGUAGCUGAUAGUACUAUAAAAUUGGAGAAUUUGGACAUUUCUGAGGCUGCUAGGAUCUCAGAUGAUAAUUGUGAUUCCGUGGGCUCCGACGGUGAAAAGCGACCUAGUUCUAUACUUCGUAAGAAAUACAUUGAAGAAAAGAAGGAACUGCAUAGUAUUCUCAAACCACCCCCGGAGGAUAAAUCCUCUAAAACUUUGCCUUCUAUAUUAAAACACAGAGAGAGUUCUGAGGAGAAGGAGCUGUGGCAGCAAUCUGACCUUCACUCCAUCUUAAAGAAAUCAACGAGUGAAGAUGAGAGCUGCAAUAGUGGCCCUGAUAUCCGUCCCAUUCUGAAGGUCAGUACUGAUGAAGAUUCUCCUGGAGGAGGGGGUUCGUCGAAACCCCGUCCCAUUCUCAAGAAACGGACUAGUUUCAGUGAGGAGUGCUGCUAUGCUAGUUACCCAAAUGGUGAGCUGAAACCAAUCCUCAAAAAGAAAACUCCUAUGCUCAACGAGGAUCAGCCUCGACCUUGUCUAAAAAGCAGGAGGAAAAGCGAGGAUGCCCGCUCUUCGUUGACAGAAUUUGUUGCAAGCCGUCCUCGUGCCUACUCUGCUGACAUGGGUGUUAAGCCUAAUCAUGAUAGACAGGAUGACAUAGAGCAGAAAAGCGAAGACUUUUGCAAAAGAGAGAGUCAACAACUUUAACCCUUGAGUUCUCUUAGCUGUUUUGGAAAGGUACUUUUGAGAUUAUGUACAUUUUUUUAAGGAGUUUAAUAUCACGUGUACAUAUUUUUUCAGACUUUUUAUAUUUGAAAAAAGUUUAUUGUAAUAUACAAGAUUGUAUAAUUUAGUUCAGUGGUUGAAGUAGUUAUGGAAUUUAAUUUAUAGUCUUUGUUUGUUUAGAUUAUGUGUAAUAUAGAAAUGAGAUUAAAAUAUUUAUAUUUUAAAAGGAAGAUAAAAAUUUAAGUCAUGAAAUUAGUUAAUUUAAAGGUUAUUGAUGACUGUGAAUUUUGAAUGUAUAUAUUUUAGUUAUAAAGAUUUUCUGUUUUCAUAAAAUCCUGUGUGCAAUACUUGUUUUAAAGUAUGUGAAAACAAUAAUAGUGUUUAUAUCGAGCUGUAUUGUAAUUGCAAUGUUAAUAGUUAAAAAUUUGUGUUGAACUUUGAAAUUAAAAAAAAAUUCUACAUGUGCUGUAAUAUGUUUAUUCAAAAUAAGUUUCAGUUAAUAAAAUUUAUUUCAAAUAUUUUGCAACUAUUUAGCUUUAAUAUGUUUGUUCUAUUUUUAAUUAUUUCAUUGAAAUUUUUUGUUGUGAAACUAAAAUUUUAUUUUAGAUCAAGAAAAUUGAUAGCAAAUUACCAUUGUUCAAAUUCUGUUAAAUUGUUAUUUAUGUUAUGUUUAUAACUAUUAUUCUGAAGUUUUUAUUAUACAAUAUUAAUUUUACUUUUAUGAAAAAUAUUUCAAAAAUUGUUUUGAAUUUUUUUUUUUUGUUAAAAAUUCUAAUGAUUAAGAAGUAAAACAGUUAUAAAUUUACUAUUUACUAGAUCUUUGCUUUCUUAUAAUUUAUUCAGUGUUUUGUGUCUGAAACAAUUUAAUUUACUUAAAGAAAACACUUAAUUUACACUAUGAAUGUAAACUGUUUGCCAUAUCAAUAUGAAUACAUAAUCCACUUGUAUUGUGAAGAAAUGUUAUAAGUCUAUCUGCAUGCAAGAAAUGAGUUAUAUGUAAGAAAUGCUUGUAAUUAAUGAAUAUUUGAUUUUUUUUAAAAAAUGUUGUCAUAGCUGCCAACAAAGAUAGGACAACAAUCGUUUGAAAUUAUCAUUAGCAUAUAAUUUUUUGGGAAUUUAAAAUGGUCCAUUUUCAAGAUUGAUUUUAUUGCUUUUUAACAUCCCAGCUUUUAUCUUUAAUAUUUAUAUUAUCUGUUAAUGUUCCUACACAUUAAGUUUGUAUGUCUUGUAAUGGGAAUCUUUUUUUCCAGUCAGCGAUUUGAAUUGAAAUUUGCAAUGAUAAUUUUAUUAAUUUAAGAUGUAGAAGACUCAUAAUAUUCUGAGUAUGUUUAAUCAAUAAUAAUAAUUUAAUUAAUCCUAUAUCAAUUUAGGAAGUGAACAAAUUUCUGAAUUUUUUUCAUCUAUUAAAUUUUCUACACAUUUACACUCUUGUAAUGAGUACCUUUCUUUUCUAUCAGUGGUUUGAAUUGAAAUUUGUAAUUUUAUUAAAUUAAGAUAUAGAAUACUCAUAAUAUUCUAAAUAUGUUUGAUCAACAAUAAUAGUUUAAUUAAUCCUAUACCAAUUUGGGAAAUGUACAAAUUUCUGAAAUUUUUUUUCCCUAUACCAUUUCUUUAUAAUAUUAACAUGAAGGAGGUCAGUUUUCUGCAAGAAGUCAUGCUAUUAGUUUAUGUAUCCCAGCCUUUAUCUUUCAUUUAUGUUAUCUCUUAAUUUUUCUACACAUUUAGUUUAAAUCCUUGUAAUAAGUAACUGUUUUUUUUCAAUCGGAGAUUUGAAUUGAAAUUUGUAAUUAUAUUUUUAUUUAUUAAAUAAAGAUAUAGAACACUCAUAGUAUUCUAAGUAUGUUUGUUUAAUCAACAAUAAUAGUUUAAUCCUAUACCAAUUUGGAAAGUUAACAAAUUUUUGCAUUUUUUUUUUAAUCCCUUAUACCAUUUCUUUAUAGUAUUACCAUGAAGGAUGUCUAACCUAAUAGUUUUCUGCAAGAAAACUAUUAGGUUAUGAAUAAAUAACCUGCAUUUAUAUUUUCUAUGUGAUAUCUCAGGAAAGGUUGGCAGCUAUGUUCUCAUGUUUAAUUCAUGACCUAACACUAUUAAUACAAUAAAGUUUGCAUCUUUGUUGUGUUAGUAAGUUACUUGCCUUCUUAUUUCAAGUGAAAGAUCGAAUUUCAAAACAAGAUUUUUAUGUGAAAAAAUGUUUUGUCUUAUCAUAUACAUGUUAAAUGGUCUGUAAAAUAGUAAAUUGACCUGUUGUAAAUUUGUUGUUUAUUCGAUAUAUACACUAAUAGGCUGUGAAAAUGAAACUGCCAUUGGUUUGUGUGUACUAUGGAUAUGACUGCUAAAAAAUAAAAAGAGGGAGUAAUUAAAAUUUAA